UCUCUUUUCAGUGGAUAUCAUGGAAAUAAAGGAAAUCCGCCCAGGGAAGAAUUCCAAAGACUUCGAGCGUGCGAAAGCCGCCCGCCAGAAGGAGGACUGCUGCUUCACCAUCCUGUACGGCACCCAGUUUGUCCUCGGCACGCUCAGCCUGGCAGCUGACUCUAAAGAAGAUGCACUUAAGUGGCUCUCUGGCUUGAAAAUCUUGCACCAAGAAGUGAUGAAUGCAUCCACGCCCACCAUGAUUGAGAGUUGGCUGAGAAAGCAGAUUUAUUCUGUGGAUCAAACCAGAAGAAACAGCAUCAGCCUCCGGGAGUUGAAGACCAUCUUGCCCCUGGUCAACUUCAAAGUGAGCAGCGCCAAGUUCCUCAAAGACAAGCUGGUGGAAAUGGGUGCACACAAAGAUGAGCUCAGCUUUGAACAGUUCCAUCUCUUCUAUAAAAACCUCAUGUUUGAACAGCAGAAAUCGAUUCUUGAUGAAUUCAAGAAGGAUUCCUCGGUGUUCAUCCUGGGGAACACCGACCGGCCGGACGCCUCCGCUGUGUACCUGCACGACUUCCAGAGGUUUCUCCUACAUGAACAGCAGGAGCUCUGGGCUCAGGAUCUGAGCAAAGUCCGUGAGCGGAUGACAAAGUUCAUCGACGACACUAUGCGGGAAACCGCCGAGCCUUUCUUGUUCGUGGACGAGUAUGACUGUGUGCGUCUGCACCAGCUCCUUCUAGACGGGAGGACUAAGGACCUGGGGGCUCGGGCCGAGAAGUUCCCCGAGGUGCAGCCCCUCCUGCCCCCUCCCCACACAGCCACCUGCCUCUUCUCCUUCAGGUACCUCACGGGCGACCAACUGCGCAGCGAGUCGUCUCCGGAGGCCUACGUCCGCUGCCUGCGCAUGGGCUGCCGCUGCAUCGAGCUGGACUGCUGGGACGGGCCCGACGGGAAGCCUGUCAUCUACCACGGCUGGACGCGGACCACCAAGAUCAAGUUUGACGACGUCGUGCAGGCCAUCAAGGACCACGCCUUCGUCACCUCCAGCUUCCCGGUGAUCCUGUCCAUAGAGGAGCACUGCAGCGUGGAGCAGCAGCGCCACAUGGCCAAGACCUUCAAGGAGGUGCUUGGCGACCUGCUGCUGACGAAGCCCACGGAGGUCAGCGCCGACCAGCUGCCCUCUCCCAGCCAGCUGCGCGACAAGAUCAUCAUCAAGCAUAAGAAGCUGGGCCCCCGAGGUGACGUGGAUGUCAACGUGGAGGACAAGAAGGACGAACACAAGCAACAGGGCGAACUGUACAUGUGGGAUUCCAUCGACCAGAAGUGGACUCGGCACUACUGCGCCAUCGCCGACGCCAAGCUGUCCUUCAGCGACGACAUUGAACAGACUGUGGAGGAGGAGACGCCCCAGGACAUCCCCCCGACAGAGCUGCACUUUGGGGAGAAAUGGUUCCACAAGAAGGUGGAGAAGAGGACGAGUGCUGAGAAGCUGCUGCAGGAAUACUGCACCGAGACGGGGGGCAAGGACGGCACCUUCCUGGUGCGGGAGAGCGAGACCUUCCCCAACGACUACACCCUGUCCUUCUGGCGCUCGGGCCGGGUCCAGCACUGCCGGAUCCGCUCCACCAUGGAGGGCGGGGCCCUGAAGUACUACCUGACUGACAACCUCACCUUCUCCAGCAUCUACGCCCUGGUCCAGCACUACCGCGAGACGCACCUGCGCUGCGCCGAGUUCGAGCUGCGGCUCACCGACCCCGUGCCCAACCCCAGCCCCCACGAGUCCAAGCCGUGGUACUACGACAGGCUGAGCCGGGGAGAAGCCGAGGACAUGCUGAUGAGGAUCCCCCGGGACGGAGCCUUCCUGAUCCGCAGGCGGGACGGCAGCGACUCCUUCGCCAUCACCUUCAGGGCUCGGGGCAAGGUGAAGCAUUGCCGCAUCAACCGGGACGGCCGGCACUUCGUGCUGGGCACCUCCGCCUAUUUUGAGAGCCUCGUGGAGCUCGUCAAUUACUACGAGAAGCACGCCCUCUACCGGAAGAUGAGGCUGCGCUACCCCGUAACCCCCGAGCUCCUGGAGCGCUACAACAUGGAAAGAGAUAUAAACUCCCUCUAUGACGUCAGCAGAAUGUACGUGGACCCGAGUGAAAUCAACCCUUCCAUGCCUCAGAGGACCGUGAAAGCUCUGUAUGACUACAAAGCCAAGCAGAGCGACGAGCUGAGCUUCUGCCGUGGCGCCCUCAUCCACAAUGUCUCCAAGGAGCCCGGGGGCUGGUGGAAAGGAGAUUACGGGACCAGGAUCCAGCAGUACUUCCCGUCCAAUUACGUCGAGGACAUUUCCACCGCUGACGUGGAGGAGCUGGAAAAGCAGAUUAUUGAAGACAAUCCCUUAGGGUCUCUUUGCAGAGGAAUACUGGACCUCAAUACCUAUAACGUCGUGAAAGCUCCGCAUGGGAAAAACCAGAAGCCCUUCGUCUUCAUCCUGGAGCCCAAGAAGCAGGGCGACCCUCCGGUGGAGUUUGCCACAGACCGGGUGGAGGAGCUCUUCGAGUGGUUUCAGAGCAUCCGGGAGAUCACCUGGAAGAUCGACACCAAGGAGAACAACAUGAAGUACUGGGAGAAGAACCAAUCGAUCGCCAUCGAGCUCUCGGACCUGGUGGUCUACUGCAAACCAACCAGCAAAACCAAGGAUAACUUAGAAAAUCCUGACUUCCGAGAAAUCCGUUCCUUUGUGGAGACGAAGGCCGACAGCAUCGUCAGGCAGAAGCCCCUGGAUCUCUUGAAGUACAAUCAAAAGGGCCUGACCCGCGUCUACCCCAAGGGACAAAGAGUUGACUCUUCCAACUACGAUCCCUUCCGGCUCUGGCUGUGUGGCUCCCAGAUGGUGGCGCUCAAUUUCCAGACUGCAGAUAAGUACAUGCAGAUGAAUCACGCGCUGUUUUCUCUGAACGGGCGGACGGGCUACGUCCUGCAGCCCGAGACCAUGAGGACGGACACGUACCAGCCGAUGCCGCCCGAGUCCCAGAGGAAGAUCCUGAUGACGCUGACCGUCAAGGUCCUCGGUGCCCGACAUCUCCCCAAACUCGGGCGAAGUAUCGCUUGUCCCUUUGUCGAGGUGGAAAUAUGCGGAGCCGAGUACGACAACAACAAGUUCAAGACAACAGUCGUGAAUGAUAAUGGCCUCAGCCCUGUCUGGGCUCCAACACAGGAGAAGGUGACAUUCGAGAUUUACGACCCAAACCUGGCGUUUCUACGCUUUGUGGUUUACGAGGAAGAUAUGUUCAGUGACCCCAACUUUCUUGCUCAUGCCACUUACCCCAUUAAAGGAAUCAAAUCAGGAUUUCGGUCUGUUCCUCUGAAGAACGGGUACAGCGAGGACAUCGAGCUUGCUUCCCUCCUGGUUUUCUGUGAGAUGCGGCCAGUCCUGGAGAGCGAGGAGGAACUGUACUCCUCCUGUCGCCAGCUGCGGAGGCGGCAAGAAGAGCUCAACAACCAGCUCUUUCUGUAUGACACACACCAGAACUUGCGCAACGCCAACCGGGAUGCCCUCAUCAAAGAGUUCAAUGUCAACGAGAACCAGCUCCAGCUGUACCAGGAGAAGUGCAGCCGGAGGUUAAAAGAGAAGAGAGUCAGCAACAGCAAGUUUUACUCAUAGAAGCCAGGGUGUGUGCGUGUGAGCGUGUGGUGCCUGCGUGCGUGCGCGUUUGCAUGUGGGAGAAUGUGCUCUUUUCACACCCUGGGAAGACGCUAAUCUGUGACGUCAUCUUCUCCUCAAGCCUGCCAUCAAGAUGACGUGUCUGAAGACGACCCAACUGGCAUGAGUUGGGGUGAUUUCCUGCUAGGUGGUUGUUUUUUUGUUUUUUUUUUUUUAAAUCUUGGACUUAUACUUCUUAACUUAUAUUCUCUAUAGAGGAUUCCCCAAAACGUGCUCCUCAUUUUUGGCUUCUCAUGUUCCAAACCUCAUUGAAUAAAAGCAAUGAAAAUCUCGGUCAGUCAAGCCUCUGUGCACGACCUAUACAGUGAGCAGGAUUUCCUUUCUGGCCAAGAAGAUUCCGCUUCUAAUGACCCAGGUAAUUGACUUUCACGGAAGACGAGCCGGAAAUGUAAGGAACUAAUUCAUUAUAUGCUGAAAAGGAUCUUAAUUAAAAGGCAAACAAUUCCACAAGGAGGCCAUUGGAUUCCCCAAGGGCCCAAAGAGGAGCCCUGUCCCCAGUCAGUGAGCUCAGCUCAAUGCACUUUAACUACCACCGGCCAGCUUGCUGGCUAGACAGACCACCUGCAUGGACUUCUUGAAGUCCACAAGAAGGGUUUGGGUGAUGGGGGCCGUUCACUGUGACAAUUUCUAAUUAACGGCAGAGGCUUGCUCUGUGACUGGAGUUAUUGGGCGUGGAGGUGGGAAUCCUGGGCCCUCUUUGUUUUAAAAAGCGUGCCAGAGAGACCAGACCUACUGCUGCUGUAGCCUCAGCCAGCUUCCCUGCCCCUGCUUUGCCCUCUGCCAGGAGGCUCCAGCUUCACUCAUCACCCAGUUGCCUCACUGAGCUGGCUGGGAGGCCUCUGGCCUGGCCCUGCGUCCACAGCUCUCCAUAGGCAAGAGGUCAGUUUCUGGUUUGACAAAGCAGGUGUGAGUUGCAUUUAUGGGGAACUUUCUCUGGGUUGCCCAAUUUUCUGGAGCAGUGAGCUAAGCUGUAAUGGCUUAAAAGCAUUAGGAUGCUUCCAGAAAAUCUCAAAUGCAGCCAUCCACAAAGAGGCAAACCCACCUAGUUGAUGAUAAUACAUGCAGUUGGUGAGAAUUUUACACCGCUGUGUCUUGAGCUACAAUUUCAACGAUUUAAUAUGGCUUUUAAAAGGAGAGGAGAGUGCUGGGGAUAGGGGUGGUCAGUAGAGACACAACUUCACACUCAGUGAGAAUUGAGAACUGACUUGAGGGAAAACAGGUGUAACGGUGAUAAGCAAUGGCAGUGGCGGGGAGAAACAAACCAGCACUAGACUGGUGCUUUACGUGGGUAGAACUGGGCCCUGGAACCAUUUGGCUCUCCCCUCGUUAUCCAAGAUGCUGGGCUGAGCACACAUGUUUUGCUGAAGAACGUGGUAAAACCAACCAGGCUCUGAGCAGAAGACCCUAUCUCCCCCUUCAUUCCACAAAAACUUACUGAGCUUCUCCACGUGCCAAGGUUUUGGGGGAAAAGCUGUGGUUACUGGUCUCAUGAACCAUCUUCAACCAUGAGCUCUUAGAGGCACUCACUUUCCCCAAAGCCAGGAGUCCAGGUAACAGCAGUCUGGCUCAGGUGGGGCUGUUAUUUGGUGGUGCCACUUUAUUAUUAUUAUUCUCUCAACUGGGAGUUGCUGUUUUACUUGGCAGUCAGCUAGCGGAGGAAAGAGUAUUCCUCUUAGUAACAAUAGUAACAAAUGUUCAAAGCAACUUUCCAGAAAGUUUGGGUGAAGAGGGCACUGAGCUGAAUGCUGCCUCUGUAGCCAGUGCCCCCAUUAGCUGUUGGCCUGGCAGGCACCGGAGCCCAAUUAUUGCACAUGGCAAUUUGCCCUGGUUUCUUUCAGCUCUGCCGUCACCUCUACACAGAACUCCGGUGCUGCUGCUGUCCUUACCUUUUUUCACCUUCCCACUUCACUCCAUUUUAAAGCCAAAAUGCUAAGGCCUGCAUCCCCUUUCUGCUUAGAGUGGAUUUGCUACUGUAGCAAAGAAAUUGAGAAAUGGCCGUAUAGGAGGCAGAAGCUAAGCAUCUCCUCAGUAGGCGCUGUGUAAAAUCCAUAGGCAGCCACAGAGCAGGCAGGGGAUUAUAACAUGAAUGGUGCUGGGAAGAACAUUCUGCCUAAAACCCUCUCCUCCUCCUGGUGCUACAACAACUUGAAUCCACCCUUAGAGAGCACUUGCUUUGGUGCUUUCAUCCUGACCUGAAUAAUCUGGUUCUCGGUGGCACGAGUGGCUAAAUCCAUUCUCUCAGGAAGGGCACAGAUGAUAUUAUGGCUCUCCCCCGAGUCUAUUUGAUGCCACAUAGCCUGGCUGAGAUGUGUUUGUUCCAUGACUCUGGAAGCACAGGCAGUUCGGGUCACGCAGAAUCCUAACAGGGACGCUCUGAAAGAGGACGUGACAGCAGCCCUGGUAGAUCAAAACCAUGCCCGCAUGUGUAUCACACGUUGUUUUUCUUCACCACUUCCCUAAGCGUGUUAUUUACAACAUUGGAAAAGUAAAAGGGGAAGUCUGGUUAGGCUUUUUGCAUUUGGGAAAGCUAGGUUACACCAAGUUAAAUAAUUUACUGUGAGACCUGAAUGUACAAGAGGGGUGUAGAAGAUCGUGUUUUCCAAAUAUGAUCUCAGAGUGCUUUUGCCAGAAGUGUCAUACCGGACUUGUGUACGGUGGAACACGUGUGAGGACCUGCUGUUCUGUUAAGGCAGCCAGGCAACAGAAUCUAAUAAUUUACCUUUUUUGUGACCUACUUAACAUCUGAACUUAAGCCACCAAGGCCAAUGGUCUUUAUUUAAUCUAAGCCAGGCUUACCCCUGGGUAUCUGCCAGAGUUUACUGAGGAAUAUGCAGGCUUGCAUACUUUGGGGGGAUCAAUUGUCAGGUCCUCACCUUCCUAUUGUACUCUUUCCUAAGACUCAUCCGGCCUGAGAAAAUGCUCUUUUCUCACCUUACGAAAGAACACCCAGCCUUCCCCUCUCCAGUCUGACUGUAGAGCAUGACCCAAGGUAUAAAAUUCAAAAUAUGGAUGUUUGGAAAGUGAAAAACUCAACAACAGGGUAGAAAUCCUUUUGCAAGGCCUGUGGUUCCCAAUUCUUUGCUUUCGACAAAGUGGAAGAAACACCCAGUGUAUUUUUUAGUCUUUCGGCACAUAACUACGAAGGAGUUGGAGAAUUGAGUGACACUGCUGUCACAAAACUACUUCUGUUCCCAUCCACUUGUCUAUGUGAACAAGGACCAACACCUCCACACAGAGCAUUGUCAAGGGAGACUAGAACUGAUGCUGUACCUUGGCUCAUUCUAAAAAUGAUAUUUACCUAUAAAUAGAUGAUAAUAAUUAGGGGGAGAGCCCUCUUCCUCUCAUGAAAUGAUACAUUUCCAAUGAAGUUUUACUGUGUUUUGUAAUUUGUUUGUUAAAAUUUGUACUAUGUGUUUAUUGAUCAUUCUCAAUUCAGGAGAAAUAUUUUUUUAAGGCCUAGGGCCUUAUGAUAAUAGGGUAUUAUAUAAUUUUGUUAGAGAUAAAAUUAAAUGAUAUGAAAGGCCAAAAUAAUUAGGCUAAAAUUUUUGAGGGGGGAAGUGGUAUGAAAAUUCAAAUUCAAGGAGUAAAAGGAAAAAUGGGACUUUUCCUAUUAAGAAUUGUCUUGUUCCAGUUAACACUGGUCAUUAAAAAAAUUGCCUUGUUCAUGUAAUUUUUCAAAGGGUGAUAGUGUCUAUUAAAUAACUAUAUUUAGAGCCUCUUGGCUAAAUUUAAAAAUGUAACAGUUUUAUUUAAAAAUGCAGUAUAUCUACAAUAUGCCUGCACUUAUAUCCUUUGUAACUAUUUAUCACAAAAAAUUUUAAAUGUCAAUGUAGAAAUGUGCAAGGGAUACAGAGAGUUUCAAAAAUCACUUAGGUGGAUUCUGAGCAUAAAAUUUUAAGAUUGCUGAUCUAGGGCCACUAAAUGAUGAAUUGUAUCUGGAAGUGAGAAGAAUGGCUAAUAAGGGGCAUCAAUCUUUUUGACUUUAAAAGGAAUGUAGCUUCAACUUGUGUGACAUUUAACUUUUUGGAGAUACCCCUAAAAGCUAUAUUUCUAACAAAAAGUUAACAAUUAGACUUGUAAAUAUGCAGAAUUACAAAACUGGCAUUUGAAAAGCAUUCAAUGAUUUAUCCCAGGUCUUUAAUUUUCAAAAUGUUUUGUUUUUGAAGAGCCAGAUUCCACAGAGAUCCUGUCUCUCCCAGAAAUUUCCACAUUUUCUAUUUUUCAUCAGGCUUUAAAAAGCUGCGUUUGUAAACUUGUGUUUCCUUAUUAAAGCUUAAUUUAUUUUUUAUAUAAAUAGUAUGUGCUUGUGUAUACAUAGAGAAUUAUGUGAAUGAGCCCAACGGAUGUUGGCUAUUGUUAAUGUGAACAUUAAACAGCUGUAUCACAUUUUUAAAAAAUAAAAAUUUGGUCUGGAUGAAUA